AUGGAAACUGAAGUUCAGAAUUUCAACCAGAACUCCAAUUCAGGAAUAAAACAAGACAUGGAAUUCAGCAUUAAUGAUUUGGAUCAUAAAAAAGAUAUAGUUACAAAAGUACCCGGAGAGACUCCUAUUAUCAAAACUACUCAGCUAAAUUACAACUCUAAUACUCCAAAUGAAAUGCUUCCAUCUUGUUCAUCUUCCUUCAGAAUUGCUAUUAGAUUCCGUCCUCCAAAUUUAUCAGAGAUUGAUGAUGUAAACUAUUCAAAUAUAUGGCAUUUAACUAAUAAAUCAGUAGUAGAUCUAAUUAAGGGAAAUCAAUAUACAUUUGAUCAUAUAUAUGAUGAAUCAGCUACUAAUACUUUAAUAUUUGAAGAACUAGCAAGAGAUGUUGUAGGCUCGUGUUUAGAUGGAUUUAAUGCGACAAUAUUUGCAUAUGGGCAAACUUCAUCUGGUAAAACUCAUACUAUGAUGGGAGAUAGUAAAGGUAGCUAUGAUGGAAUAAUUCCAUUAAGCAUAAGUGAAAUAUUCAAGCUAGUAGAAGAAAGAUCAAGAAAUAAUACUCAGACUGACUUUGUUGUUUCUGUUUCUUAUUUAGAAGUAUAUAAUGAAAAAUUAGUUGAUUUGCUAUCUUUACAAAUAAAUAGUGGCAGCUCCAGUUUAUCAAAUGAAAGUAAUAUGAGCAAAAUAACAAUAAUUGAUGGCAUAGAUGGGGCUGUAGAAUUUAGAAAUCUGACAUCUAGGCGUGUAAUAGCCCCAAGUGAUAUUCAUGAAAUUAUAAGCAUUGGCUCUAGGUUAAGGCAUGUUGCGGAGACAUCUUUAAAUGAGAGAUCUUCAAGAAGCCAUACAAUAUUGAGAGUUAGAAUAGAGUCACAAUACACAAAUUCAUCUGAUAUUUGCAUUGGUAUCCUAAAUCUCGUUGAUUUAGCAGGAAGUGAAAGCAUUAGAAGAACACAAGUAGAAGGAGAUAGGCGUAAAGAAGGUGCAAGCAUUAAUAGAAGUCUUUUGGCAUUGUCACAAGUUAUUUCGCAACUAAGUGAUAUUGCAAAUAAUGAAAAUAUAGGUGACUCUAAUCCAAAAAAGCAAUAUAUUAAUUAUCGUGAUUCGAAGAUUACAAGAAUAUUAUCUGAUUCUUUGGGUGGUAACUCGAGAACAAUUAUUGUAUGCACUUGCUCUCCUGCAAAAGUUAAUUAUUAUGAAUCAAUAUCUACUUUGGAAUUUGCUGAAAGAGCAAAGAAUAUAAAAAAUAAAAUUAAGGUUAAUAUUCUCAAAUCUAAUGAUAAAUCUUCUCAAAUAUUUAAAUUAAAGAGCCAGAUAGUAUUGCUUCAGAAACAACUCUCAAAUUUACCAUUGUUAAAUAUCUUAGAACAAGAAAAUGAGAUACUGAAGAAACAGCAAAUUGAAUUAAUAAGUCAGAUGGAACACUUAAAAUUGCAACUAAAUAAUAACAGGACUUUGGGCAAUAUUGAUGAAUCUGAGAACUUACAGAACAUAUAUAAACAAAAUUGCUCAUCCUGCACAACUUUGAAAAAAGAUUAUGAUCAAAUGCUAUUGAAAUAUGGUGAAAUAAUAGAUAAUAAAUCUGAGGAAGUGAAGAUUCUGCAGAAUGACUUGGAAAAAGCAUACUUUAAAAGCAAUGUACUUAAAAAUUAUGAAGAACAAAAUGUAGUUUUGGAAAAAAAAGUUAAGGAACUGAAACUUAGCAUAAAGACUCAGAGUGAACAAAUUGAUAAGUUAAGCAAUCAAUUGCUUGAUAGGAAUGGUGAACUACAGCGUAUUCAAUCUAAUUUAUUGGUACAUGAAGCGAUGAAUGAAAAUCUUCAUAUUAAAAAUAAAAAUUUAACUAAUGAAAAGGACCACUUAAUUCAAAUAAUAAAUAGUUCAAUUGAAAAUAUAGAGUAUUUAGUAAGCAGCCGUAUUCACAGCCUAAUAAAUCUUCACAAAUAUCGAUAUAAGCUUCUAAAACAAAAAUUGUUAAAAUAUGAGACUAAAUUUGAUUUUCAGAAUACUGAAAUAUGGCAAGAAAUAUGCAAAUAUUUAGAUUUUAUGGAAUGUUACAUGAAGAUAGAACCACAAUUAACUGAUUAUUUUAGUUUUUCAAAUACUAUAUUUGAAUAUAGAGAAUAUUUGGAACAAAUGAAUGAAUUAGAAAGAGAUAUCUUUACUUAUAGUAAGGAAAUUCUAAUACUGAAUCUAGAUGAAAAAAUCAACUUUGAAAUAAAGGGAAAAUUUGGAGUUAUAAUCAAAGAGUUAUUGGAUAUAUUGGAGAUCAUCACAAAUACUGCAAUGAAGGGGAAUGAAUCAGAUGAAGAACAGCAGUUUAGUACUAUUAUUUCAAAACCACAUUCAAUCUCAUAUAUUUACAGAGUAGAGCGAACACUAAGUAAUGUAAAUAAAGAAUUGUUGGAACUUCAAGAAAAAGUUGCAAAAUAUCAACAUUAUGAUAUAGAAAAAGUAAAACUGCAAAAUGAACUUAAAAGAUACAAAUCAGAAAAUGAAUUUUUGCAAGAUGAACUUCAAAAAAAAUCAGCCUCUAAUAAAGAAAUGAUGGUCAAUUUAAGCAAGUUACAGAGUGAGUUGGUAGAAGCAAGGAAUCACCCUAUACCGAUACAAUUACGUAGUAAAGAAGUAGAACAGUUAAUUAAAGACUUAGAUUCCAAAAAGAUUGAACUAGAUAAAGCACAGAAUACUAUAAAUAAGCUAGUUAAACAACUAGAAUAUACAAAUUCAAGCCGUGUAAAUUCCAUCCUUAUAAAUAAAAACCAGCAAGUGAAAUCGGUAUGUGUAGAUGAAGAUCAUUUAAAACUACACAAAGUUCUUAAAGAGAAUUUAGAGAGUAAUAUGAAACACGAUGAAGAACCUUCCAACAAGCUGAGCAAGGAUGAAUGUGGAAAUGAAGUAAGUGAAUGUAGUACACAAUAA